AUGUUGGAAGCCCGCCUAGAACAAGCCAGUCUGCUCAAGCGCGUCGUCGACGCCAUUAAAGACCUCGUACAGUACUGCAACUUCGAUUGCAAUGACUCCGGAAUCGCCCUUCAGGCCAUGGACAACUCCCACGUUGCCCUUGUGUCCAUGCUUCUGAAGGCUGAAGGGUUCUCCCCCUACCGCUGUGACCGCAACAUUCCUAUCGGUAUCGACCUCGUCUCCUUGACCAAGGUCCUCCGCGCUGCUCAGAAUGAAGAUAUCUUGACUCUGAAGGCGGACGACUCUCCAGAUGUCGUUAAUUUGAUGUUUGAGAGUGCCGAGACGGACAGGCUGAGCGAAUACGACAUCAAGCUGAUGGACAUUGACCAAGAGCACUUGGCUAUCCCCGAAACAGAGUACGCUGCUACAGUGGAGAUGCCCUCAGCGGAAUUCCAACGGAUCUGCAGAGAUCUCAAUGCUCUUUCUGAAUCCGUUGUGAUCGAAGCAACAAAGGAAGGCGUCAAAUUCUCCUGCUCCGGUGACAUCGGCAGCGGUUCGGUCACCAUCCGCCAGCACACAAGCGUUGAUAAGCCUGACCAGAACGUCUCGAUUGUUCUCAGUGAACCUGUUGCCCUCACAUUCUCCCUUAAGUACCUUGUCAACUUCUGUAAGGCCACAAACCUUUCCAGCACAGUGAGCCUCUCGCUCUCCCAGGAAGUUCCUCUUCUCGUCGAGUAUGGCCUCGGAAGUGGCCACCUGAGGUUCUACCUCGCACCCAAGGUAAGUGUUCACCAAAUCCACCCUAAGGACUAUGAAAGCGAAGAAUGUGUACCAAUGGAACUUGCAACAGAUCGGUGA